AGUCAGCGUCAGUUUCGCUUCGCUCAUUCACUUUUCAUCCGUUGGCGGUGUCGGUUGAGUCGGUCGUGUUGGUCGUGUGGACGGUUGUUGAGUUGCUCUUUUUUAUUUGUUAAUUAAUUUGCGUGCACAGCCGUACAGAUUUUUUUGAAAAGUUUAUCGUUGCAUAUAAAGUGCGCUUCCUUUGAAACUUUUAUGUGAUAAGCCAAGUAAUUAGAAAAGCUAGAACCGGCAACAAAAGGUCAAACAAGCAGUAAGAGGAGACAACAAGGAAGCGCUACAGUUGCAAAUAUACCUAAACUUAUUGCUAUAAAUAUGGCUAGUGUGGAUACGAGCUUUAUACCCGAUCUGCCAGUGAGCGGACCCUUAUCGGUUUAUCGCAAACGCGCCAAUUUUGACUGGAAGCGUUUGCGUUUAAUCUUCGAAAAGGAGCAGGCACUGCGUAUAAAGUACAAUGUAUGGCGUCGUCUGGAAAAUGAUCCUCUCUUUGCACACGCUUCCCGCACGCUGCCAAUGGAUGAGCAGAAGCGUCUGGCGGCCAUGCAAGUGAACAAGAUGAGGGAACUGGAACUGGUUCCCAAGGAAAUUGAAAGUUUGAGCUUUUCGGCCAAGACAAAGUGCUUGAUGAACAUCAAUGAGGCAUUGGCCAGCUACUCAUCCAGUCUCUCCGUGAAGAUUGCUCUCGGCGUGGGCCUGUUUAACAAUGCGAUUCGCGCCAUGGGAACGGAGAAGCAUACGAAGUACAUUGAGGCUGCCUGGAAUAGGGAAAUCAUUACCUGUUUGGCCGUAACGGAAGUAUCGCACGGCAGCAACACGAAACGUAUUCGGACAACGGCCACGUAUGAUCCCAGCACUCAGGAGUUUGUGGUCAAUACGCCGGACUUUGAGGCGGCCAAGUGUUGGGUGGGAAAUCUGGGCAAAAUGGCCACUGUGGCCAUGACAUUUGCCAAUCUCAUUACGGCGGAUGGUGAGAAUCAUGGACUGCACGGCUUCCUCAUACCCAUUCGUGAUCCCAAGACCUUGCUCUCGUAUCCGGGCGUCCUUGUGGGUGACAUUGGCGAGAAGAGUGGCCUAAAUGGCAUCGAUAACGGAUUUGUGGUCUUUACCAACUAUCGCAUUCCACUUGACAAUCUAUUGAAUCGCACUGGCAACGUCACGCCCGAAGGCGUCUAUGAGAGCGUCUUCGCCGAACCCGGCAAAGCUCUCGGAGCUGCCUUGGAAAGCUUCUCGGCCGGACGCAUUGGCAUCAUGCAGGAGUCGGCCAAUACUCUUUGCAGCGCCGCUGUCAUUGCGGUCCGUUAUGCCGCAGUUCGCAAGCAAUUUGGCCCGGAACGUCAGGGCGAGGAGAUGGCCAUACUCGAGUAUCAAUUGCAUCAAUAUCGCAUAUUCCCGUAUCUGGCUGCCGCCUGUGUGCAAAAGAUUGCCGUCGGGGAGUUGACCAACACUUAUCUGGAGAUCAUAGCACGCUCCCAGGCGGACUCCAAUGGAUUCGAUGUGCUGACGCAGAAUGCGGCGGAGAUUCAUGCCAUCAUUUCGGCAUCGAAGCCGCACAUUACGUGGUCAGCACGUGACGCCAUCCAGGAGGCACGUGAGGCAUGUGGCGGACACGGAUAUUUGCGUGCCGCCAAGCUGGGACAGAUGCGCACCGAUCACGAUCCCCUGUGCACCUAUGAGGGGGAUAACAAUGUGCUUGGCCAACAGGCGUCCAACUGGCUGCUGCGCCAAUGGAACGCCAAAGAGCUGGAGACGCCAAUUGGUAGCAUCAAGUUCUUGGAGCAGCGUCAACAGUUGCUCAAGUUGCAGUACGCACAGCUGGUGCAGCAGAGUCCACUGGACAGCUGGGAAUUUGCUUUGACCAGUUACGAGUGGUUGUUGUGCCAUCUCAUGUCCCACACGAGUGCCCACAUUGAGGCACAGUUGACAGCUGGCGUGCAUCGUUUUGAGGCACGCAACAACUCGCAAGUGGCAGGUGCCAAGGAACUCUCUUUGGCCUAUGCCGAGUACUUUGCAUUGAGUCGCUUUGUCGGUCACGUCCGUCAGUUGAAUGUGGAGGAAUCUUAUGCUCGAGUGUUGCGUCUGUUGUACGAUGUUUAUGCCAUGUGGUUGCUGGAGAAGCACAUGAGAACCUUCUAUGUGGGCGGCUUUGCUGUAGGUCCGGAUUUCUCGCAGGCAGUGCAGCAGCGUUUGCUGCAAAGCUGCGCCCAGCUCAAGGAUGUGGCUGUGAGUGUGGCGGAUGCCAUUGCUCCGCCGGACUUUGCCCUCAACUCGGUCAUUGCCAAGGCCGAUGGACUGCUCUAUGAGAAUUUGCAGAACGAAUUUAUGACCAAUGCGGGCGCCUUCCAGCGACCCGAUUGGUGGCGUGACGUCAUCAUUCCACAGUCCCAGGAAAAAUCAAAGCUAUAAGGGAACUUAAACGCUUGAGGGAGAGGAAUAGAACGACAAGUGCCUGGGCAGAUCGCAUAGAUCAGCCACACAAUUUACACUAAUCGUAUUUAUUGUUAUAGCUCCAUAUCACAUGCGAUAUUACAACAAUCAUCCUAUUAAUCGAUAACUAUCGAUAGUAUGUUCGAUAGUAUGUUGACUAUGCAUUGUUUUAUAUGUAUCCUCCAUUACAAAUUCCAUUCUUAACAGAAGUUUGUCAAUAAUCGAUAUUAAAUCGAUUAAGAGUACUAUCGAUUACUAUAGCACUGUCAUUAUCAUUACCAUUUUGUUAUUGUUAGCUAGCUGCAAAACUAUUAUAAAUGCAUAUUGUGUAGCACUGAUUAUUACUAUCGAUAUUUUCGAUAUUUGCAACUUUAAUUAUUCAAACAAUGGAGUGUGAAUUGUUUCAUUUUGUUCCUUAACUAGAAAUCAAGACUUGAUUUCAAUUGUAUUAAAUAUGUAUAUGUAUUAUCGUAAGAAACUUGUAUUAUAUAGAAAAAAAACAUUGUGCACUCUAAUAUAUAUAUAAAUUUGUACACACCAAUAUAUCGUUUACAAUUGUUGUCACUCUUUAGUAGGAAUUGUUUGUGGAAAAUGUUUACAUUUUUCAAAUAAAUACAUAUAAAAAAGAUCGACUUUCGGCUGUUAACGAA